GUUGUGUGCUGUGGACGGGGAGCUGCCCUCUCCUUGGCUACCAGGAAGUGAUAACACACACACACAGGAUUGAGGAAACUGAAACACACACACACAUCUGAAAGGUCCAGGUCUAAGCAGCCUGGGAUGUUGAAAUGAAGAUUAACGAAAAGGUUUUCACCUCUUUUGAAUCUUGCACCUCACAAGUGGACAAAGAAGGGUACCUCUACAAGAAGGGCGAGAUCAAGACUUCCUAUCAGAAGCGCUGGUGCGUGCUGAAGGGGAACCUCCUCUUCUACAAGGACCGGCCGGCCGACCGGGACGUGACGGGAGUGAUUGUUCUAGAGGGCUGCACCGUCCAGCUGUGCGAGUCCGAGGAGCUGUUUGCCUUCUCGCUGUUGUGGGCCGAUCCGGGACUGCGAACGUACAAGUUUGCUGCAGAGGACCAGGCCAGCCAGGAGAGUUGGAUCAAAGCCUUGCUGUCAGCCAGCCACAGCUACCUGGCCCUGCUGGUGAUGGACAUGGAGAAGAAGUACAGAGAUGCAUUAGGCCAGUUGUCCAGUGAACCAGCCAACCCUUUCAUCAUACCAAAAUUAAACACUGUAGAAGCAGGAUAUAAUCCUUCAGCCUAUCAGAAGACACAAUCGUUACGGCUACCUUUGUAUCAAGCAACAGGUGUGGGAGCAGGACCGAGUCUGAGCUCCAAUCAGACGCUUCAACCUCUGACCCAUUCACCCAAAUCAGCCAGUAAAAGAUCACCCAAACUCUGGUCCAAGAGGAACGCAAACGUGGUGCCUGUAAACACACCUGCUCGGCCUUUGGGGGACUGGUCAGGGGUCUAUUUAGGCUCAAAGGAGGAAUUUACUAAAUUGCAUGAAGAUUUUGGAAAAGAGGUGAAGGAACUGAUUGCUGAUUGGCUGAAGAGGGGACAAGGUGAUGAAGCUGUUCAAGGCGAAAACUUAAUAGAUUUUGGAUAAUAAACGUAAAAUAUACACUUUUUACAUUCCAAAGCUGUAUUUAUAUAAAUAGGAACAACUGUUGUUGAGAUAUAUUUGUACAUACUUGAUGUACAAGAGCAUACUGUUUCUUUUUUACUUGUCAUAAAUCAAUAAAUGAUCUCAUGCU